UUGUCGAAAGGGACUCGGCCUCCUCGGGAUCGGCCGGACCAGUACAGCAUUUGUUUAAGUCGUGUUUUCUUCGCCCGAACAGACCAGUUGGUCGCAGAAUGCGCGAGAUGUCUGCGCUUUCCAAGUCCCGAACAAUGGGAUCUUCAACCAAAAAAGCCUCAAUCAAAGACUUGGCGUCAGGGUCUCUGUCCUAGUACCUCUCGUGCCUCAGUUUGGGCGGAUUUAAACGGUGCUGUGAAGCUCGAGGUCAAUUCCGGGCGAAUCUGUUUUUGGAAGACGCAAAUCGGAAAAAAAGCUGCUCUUCUUCGUGAUGGUACACCUCUCAGCUGGCCUACAAGAGGUGGGCUACGAAGACAAAAUGAAGAUUUUGGUAUAAUUUUUAUAAAAUAA